UCUGAAUUCACCCGGCCUUUACACAUCCACCUUGGUUACGCGAAUGAGUUGAUACCGAGUCGUCACACCUAGUGCGGCAGGAAGAUUGCGCUAUCUCGGACCGUUUUGGUCUGCUCGACCACGAAUCGGUCAAUUCCAGGUCAUCCCUGCAGGCGGGGUCGUUAUCGGUCCGGCAUCGUGAUCAACGGCACCGGCACUCAUUUCCAGAGAUCAAACUUUUCAAAGUUUAUAAUACCCCAGUGGCCACCAUUCCGACCAGAGAUACACACCAAGGAGUCAUAGAAAUCGACCAGCCUGAUCGCACGAUGAACUCGCCAGAUCGUUCCCAUCCGCUGAAGCUACCUCCGAUCAUUCUCGGUGGUGCUGGAUUCAGCUACCAGAUUCAUCCGGAUCCGAAGAGCAUCCCAAUUCCGCAAAUAAUCCGCCGAGCGUUCGACGUGGGGAUGAAAGCAAUCGAUACGUCGCCAUACUACGAGCCAUCCGAGCAACUCCUGGGUGAAGCACUUGCCAGCACCGAAGUGACCAGCAAAUACUCCCGCAGCGAUUAUGUCCUGAUGACAAAAGCGGGCAGAAUAUCGGCCGAUCAGUUUGAUUACUCCGCGAAGUGGAUUCAAAAGUCUGUCCAGAGGUCUUUAGAUCGACUCGGCACCUCUUACCUGGAUGUUGUUUUCUGCCACGAUGUUGAGUUCGUCUCGAUGGAGGAAGCCAUUGAGGCCGUUGGCGCCCUGUUUGAGCUGUCAGAAAAAGGCCAAGUGAGAUUUGUGGGCAUCUCCGGCUAUUCGAUUGAUCGUCUGGUGCGCAUUGCGCAUACCGUCAAGAAACAAUAUAACCGGCCUCUCGACAUCGUGCAGAACUGGGCGCAAAUGACUCUGCAGAACACCCGCCUGGAGCGAUAUGGCAUCCCUGCCUUGCGCGACGCCGGAGUCUCUACGAUAUGUAGUUCAAGUCCUCUGGCAUCCGGCCUGUUGCGAGCUGGCGACGUACCCUCCGGCAAACUUGGGGAUUGGCAUCCGGCGCCCGAUGGCCUUCGCAGUGCCGUGAAGGAGUCUUCUGACUGGGUUGAAAAGCAAGGAUCAACUCUGGCCGGCCUUGCACUUCGAUUCUCACUUGCCCGGGCAAACAGAGCGUCCAAGAACGGGGUUUCUGUCCAUACUAUCCUGGGUAUUUGCUCACUCAGCGACAUUGAAAGCAAUGUUCAUGCUGCGCAGACCAUCUUCCAAACCAAGCAUGAAUCGGAUGAACUUGACAUUUCCGCCUUGGAGGAUAUCAAUGAGGAGAUCGAACGGGUCGAUCUUGGGCUCAGCCACAAAGUCCGUGGAAUCCUGGGCGAAUGGGUAGAAUUCGACUUUGAAACGGGCAAGAAAGAGUCGAAAGUGCCGCUGUGGCGGCGUCGCGAGUUUAUCGCCGCUGCAAUUCUGCUACUUCCGGUGCUGGUUUGGUCUAGCGGCUUCAAUCCUAUUGCUUGGUGGAAUAAAUGAAGCUCUAUCUCUUGGAAUCCCCUCAUGUCUAUGAUACACGGAAGUGCGACACACAAGACCUCAGAUCGAUCGCCAGUCUCACUGCAAGCUACUUUGCCUAAUUGCAGAGGAAUCCUCGUCUUCGGGGGAAUGCUUUCCCCGGAGUCGAAUGCUUGGUAUGC